CGGACCCGCGCGGGCGCCGCCGUCAUGACGGGCCGCGUGUGCCGCGGCUGCGGCGGCACCGACAUCGAGCUGGACACGGCGCGCGGCGACGCCGUGUGCACCGGCUGCGGCUCGGUGCUCGAGGACAACAUCAUCGUGUCGGAGGUGCAGUUCGUGGAGAACAGCGGCGGCGGCUCGUCGGCCGUGGGCCAGUUCGUGUCGCUGGACGGUGCUGGCAAAACCCCAACGCUGGGCGGCGGCUUCCACGUGAACCUGGGAAAGGAGUCCAGAGCGCAGACCCUGCAGAACGGGAGACGCCAGAUCCACCACCUGGGGAGCCAGCUGCAGCUCAACCAGCACUGCCUGGACACAGCCUUCAACUUCUUCAAGAUGGCCGUGAGCAAGCACUUGACCCGCGGCCGCAGGAUGGCACACGUGAUCGCGGCCUGCCUCUACCUGGUGUGCCGCACCGAGGGUACCCCGCACAUGCUCCUCGACCUCAGCGACCUGCUCCAGGUGAACGUGUAUGUGCUGGGGAAGACCUUCCUCCUCCUGGCCAGGGAGCUGUGCAUCAACGCACCGGCAAUAGAUCCGUGCCUGUACAUCCCGCGCUUUGCUCACCUGCUGGAGUUUGGGGAGAAGAAUCACGAGGUGUCCAUGACAGCCCUGAGGCUCCUGCAGCGGAUGAAGAGAGACUGGAUGCAUACUGGCCGGCGCCCCUCGGGCCUCUGCGGGGCAGCACUUCUGGUUGCGGCCAGGAUGCACGAUUUCCGGAGAACCGUCAAAGAGGUCAUCAGCGUGGUCAAGGUGUGUGAGUCCACACUGCGCAAGAGGCUGACGGAGUUUGAAGACACGCCAACGAGCCAGCUCACCGUGGACGAGUUCAUGAAGAUCGACCUGGAGGGGGAGUGCGACCCCCCCUCGUACACCGCCGGGCAGCAGAAGCUACGCAUGAAGCAGCUCGAACAAGUCCUGUCCAAGAAACUGGAGGACGUGGAAGGUGAGAUCUCCAGCUAUCAGGACGCCAUCGAGAGCGAGCUGGAGAAUAGCCGGCCCAAGGCCAAGGGGGCCCUCGCCAGCCUGACCAGAGACGGCUCCGUGGAGGACUCCACGUCCAGCUUGUUUGGCGAGGAGGACCCCGAGGACGAGGAGCUGCAGGCCGUCGCCAGCCACCUCAACAAGGACUUCUACCAGGAGCUGCUCGGCACCGGCGUCUCCUCCAGCUCUGGGGAGGCAGGAGGCCCCGAGGGGGACAGCCGACCCCCGGCCCUGGAGUCCCUGCUCGGCCCCCUGCCCACAGCGGCCAGCCUGGGCAUCUCAGACUCUAUCCGAGAGUGCAUCUCCUCCCAGAGCCAGGAGCCCACUGGAGCGCGUGGGGACGGCGAGCUGGACCUCAGCGGCAUCGACGACCUGGAGAUUGACAGGUACAUCCUGAACGAGGCGGAAGCCCGCGUGAAGGCCGAGCUGUGGAUGCGGGAGAACGCCGAGUACCUGCGCGAGCAGAGGGAGAAGGAGGCGAGAAUCGCGAAGGAGAAGGAGCUGGGGAUCUACAAGGAGCACAAGCCCAAGAAGUCUUGUAAGCGACGGGAGCCCAUCCAGGCCAGCACGGCUGGGGAGGCCAUCGAAAAGAUGUUGGAGCAGAAGAAAAUCUCCAGCAAGAUCAACUACAGCGUGCUCCAGGACCUCAACAGCAAGGGCGGGGGCAGCCUGCGUGGGGGCAACGCGCAGCCCCAGGAGCAGGCUGGUGCUCGGAAGCUGUCUCGGAGGAAGACGCCCGCUGGCAGGAGCGGGGCUGACCCCGUGAGCAACGUGGGGAAGAGGUUGAGGCCGAUGGUGUCCGCCCAGCCGGCCAAGAAGGCAGCUGUGGGGGAGACCUUGCUCCCAAGCUCGCCCAGCCUGGGAGCCGAGCCCGUCAGGCCCACAGCGGUGGUGGAGAGUGGGCCUGUGUCCUACCCCCCCGAGGAGGACCCCGACGAGGAGGACCCUGACGAGGAGGACGGGGAGCCCUGUGUCAGCGCCCUGCAGAUGAUGGGCAGCGGUGAUUAUGGCUGUGACGGCGAGGAAGAUGAUGGCUACUGAGCCGCAGCCCUGCAGCCUCACCACAGCGGCUCCGCACCUCCGUGGCACUUGCCAGGACCCCGUCUGGAGCGCCGUGAGGGGCGUUUGCCCGGCAAGGGGACUGGGCCGGUGUCUUCGCAUCUGGUCCAAUGUGGGUCUUACGGCCCAGGAACCUUGGCAGGCGGCACCUGUCCUGCCCCACGGGAGGACACUGAGGCAUGAGGAGGCCCACUCUGGGAAGUGAGUGCUGGACGGGGGUGCUGCUCCUGCGGAGCUAGGUGCCUCAGCCCCCGCCCCUCCCCGGGCUGAGAAGUGCCGCACCCAGCCUUCCCGCCCCCGUGUCUCCAGCUGGACCGGCUUCUCCUGCACCGGGUGUGGCCCAGCGGCCGGUGACCUGAGUCAGCAGUGCUCUCCGCAGAUGAGGGACCGUCGGGUGCCCAGCGGCCGUGGGGGUGCCCUGUGCAGCCUGUGAGGCUGGCCUGACCCUGCCCCGAGCCGGAGUCCGGAGAGCGGGGUCUUGUUGGAGUGGGGCCUGGCUCAGGGUCUGUAGACGGAUGGCAGACGGAGCGUCCUGGCCGCACCACUGCCCUCCCCUCCAGCUAGGGGCCCAGCCCCGCCACUUGAAGGCCCAGGGACCACUCUGAGGGCCUCAGUGUGGACAUCGCUGCGCUGGACAUGGCCAGGGAGGCAGGGCAGGAACUCUUGUUCCUUGAGGCCAUGGCCUCGGCCCCCCUGACGGCAGCCAAGCCAGGCCAUGUCGCCUCCCCAGGGCUCAGCCCUCUGUGUCCAGGCGGGAGUGUGGCAGAGUCUGUGGGCAGGGAAUCUCGAGGUCUUUGGCUGCACCCGUCCUGGGCCCCAGAGAGCCGGAGAGGGCUGUGCGGUCGGCGGGACAGGAAGACCUACCAGAGCAGACACCCGCUGAGGCUGUGGCCUGUGCUGCCUUGCCGGGCUCCGCAGCCGGCCCUGGAGGAGGGAGGCCACGGCAGGGCGCCCGGCCCGUGGGGGUGGGAGAGGCACACAGCAGGCCCCUGGCCCUGUUGUCAGAAGGACGGUGGGGACGUGGCUCGGGCUUCAUCCUCACCCCUCACGUCCACCCCUGUAAGCAGUGCCUGAGCCUGUGCAGCGGCAUCGGCUGUCCUGGCCAGGGCCCCUCGUGGGAGGGAGGGCUGGGCUGCAGCGGCUCUUCAGGGAGCCUCAGCACUGGCUGUCUGGCCCUGGGGUGUUCGCUGUGCCAUUCAGGAACAGAGGGUGGUGGGCCCACAGGACCCCCAUGUGGAGGGGUAGCUGUGGCUUUGGAGGUGACCGGGUCGCCUUCUGGGACCCGGGGCGCCGGUGCAGCAUGGUGUACGUGGCAGGCUUCGAGACAGGGCUCAGCGAGGGGGAGGCGCCUCCGCUGGGAGCCAGGGCCAGAGCGGGUUUCCGGGCAGAGGCUAGUGGGAGAGCCGCAGCUGCAAGGCAGGGGAGGGAGGGGAUCCCACGGGGCGUUGGCAGAGGGGAAGGGGACUUGAGAGAAGAGGCAGGCGCUCAGGGUGGCCGGCGGGGCCAAGGCCCAGAGGCGAGGGGGGAGGAGGCCCGGGGAGGCUGGAUGGGCAGGUGGGGCUCUUGGCACAUGAGGUCUGGGGAGCAGACGGCAGCGAGCGGGAUCUGGCUGAAGCAGGAAGGGUCAGGGUCCUGCAUGGCUUGGAGAUGGGUCAGGGAAGAAGGGCUGGUGGGAAGGACUGUCCCCUGAGAGGGUGUGGUGUGGAGGGUCAUGUGGGUGGGAGGGCAUGUGGGGUAUUCAUGCUUGGGUGGUGGUCAAGGUGCUGGUCAGGGGUGAGGCCCAGGCUAGCAGCCGGUAGGGUCCCUCUGGGCUGUGGCCCCGUACCUUGUGUGCCGGCCACCACGGCCACAUGUGUGGGCCUGAGGGGGACAUGCAGGCCUGUCUGCGCCUGUCCGUCUGCGGUUACGGGCUGCAGCGGCUGGGACAGGACCUCGAGCCCCCACUUCACCACCUGCUGGCCUGUGUUCUUGCAGGGCGGGCGGCAGGAAUGGGCACUAGAGGCUCAGAGAGCCUGGGCGCCCGGGCCAGGGAGAGGGCCAGGGCCUUUGGGAGCACUCGGUCCAGGGUCCAAGGGUCAGCGUCCCUGAGAUGCCGCGAGGGCCAGGGGCCUGACUCAGGCCGGGUCUGGCCCCGAGGAGGAGCACCGGGCAGCGGCCGGAACACGCAUUCCCCUGCUGCACGCCAUUGCCUGCGGGUGAGGCUGCUUCUGGCGUGGGCUCCGCGGCCUCCCUGCGGGCGGGAUGCCUGUGGACCACCUGCCGGCUUGGACGGCACCGCGGGAGGCCGAAGGGCACAGGCAUCGGCGUGGAGGGGGCCUCCCUGGGCCGCAUCCUCACAGCCAUCCCCCUCCUGGGUGCCGGGGCCUGGCCGGCGACCACAGGCUCGUCCUGAGAAGGGCACACGGCUUUCCACUACCUCACGGCAGAGCCAGGGGAGGUGGUGAGGAGGUUCUGAGAGCCCUGGACACCCGUCUGUGCUGACCAUCUGGGAGCCCAUGUCCACCCACUAGCACACACGUGCCCAUCCCUGAGCCUGCGGAGCUGGAACCUGAGGCCAGCACGUAAGCACGGCUGGGGUUCCCGUGUGGGGGCCCCAGACAGCCAGCGGCCCUCCCCAGUGUCACGUAGGGAGGGCUUGAGUGAUGGUGGAGCGGGACGGACGAACUAGCAGCAGCCUGGGCGGAGGACAGUGUGCAAGGACACAGCUGUCCCCACGCAGCCAUGCACGUCCCCAUUGUGCCAUCCUCGCGCUUGUGUGUGCCGCUCCCUGCGUGCACGCAUGUGCGUUCACACACACCUGUCUGCAGCCACCGGACCCCUCCUUUCUGGGCACCAGCCCCUGCGAGGCAGGUGAGCUGCAGUGGGGGCUGCGGCCAAUGGGGCCUGCUCCCCAGAGAGGAGGGUCACCCAAGACCCAGGGCUCGUGCCUGUGUGUAGCUCCCGCUGGUCGCCCAUCCUGCCCCGAGCUGUGGGGCCUAUACCCUCCUAUGCCCCGAGCCCUGGGGUUGGAACCGCAGUUACCCUCUGACAGGGCUGCAGCGGGCGGGUGGGCCAUGGCUCCUCCGAAGAUGGGGCCAGGUCUGCGGCUGCACGCAGCCCGACAGCACGCUGGCUAGUGCCUCCUCGGCCGUUCCGGGGUGUCCCAGGCAGGCAGCGGGGCCUGGAGGGCGGGGAGAGGUGGGCAGGGGGGAGGCUGGGAGGAGUGCUCUCUGCGUCCACCUCUCCAGAGCUGUCCCUGGUGAGUGACAUCUGUCCAGUGGCUCCAAAAGGCCACCCUCCCACACCUGCCCAGCCUGCUGGCUACUGUCACCAGUAGCCAUGGGCACCGGCCUGCUCGUCCCCCAGUCUUGUGUGUACUGGACUCACACAACCCGCCCCCAACCAGGUGCCCUCCUCCGGCCCCACGGUGGCUUCCGGCUGGGUCAGGGCCCCGAGCAAGAGGCGGGACUGGUGGCCGUCCAUGGGUACCAGCGCCGCCCGACGGCAGUGGGCUCUGGGGAGGACGGGCAGGGGUUGGGCAUCCCCCGGGGACUGAGGUCCCCCAGGCAGUGUCUGCUCUGUCCGGGGCUGCCUCCAAUGCAUCCAGCUCAGGGAACCCAGCGGGAGCCCCAUGGGGUCUGCUGGGGUGAGCACCUCCCCUUGGCCGUCCCGGAACUGGGCAGCAACACCUCUGUCCGUCGCCUGUACCUCCCAGGGUCACAGUGUCCCCCUCUGUCCACCUCUGGGCGGCUGCAGCCCUGACAGACUGCGUGGUGGGGAGGCACAGGCAGGUCCGAGGCCGGCAGUGCGGGGUGGCCGUUGUGGGUAUGGGUGCCCAGUCCUUUGUUGAUGCAGCUGGGGCCUGGGAAGAGAGUCGGGCGCCUGGGCACCCCAAGGCUGUGGACAGUCCAGCCGGGCUCUCAGGGACUCAAACUGCAGACCACACAUGUAACCGCUAGGGGGACAGGGUGCCCAGCCAUGUGUCCUGGCCCUGGGCACUUUGCUCAGCUUCCCUGCCCCCUGGCGGCCACUUGAGCACCGUCGGGCGCCGCCCUUGGGAACGCUGUAUUCCCCGAGUAAUAAAGACUAGAAGCCUCAAA